AUGAAGGUCACUGCGGCUUCACACUACACCAGUGGAGACGACGGCGACAGCAGCAGCAGCAGCAGCAGCAGCAGUAGCAGCAGCAGCAGCAGCAGCAGUAGCAGCAGUGGGAGAGGGGGUAGCAGCAAGCCCCUGGGCAAGUCCUUGGCCCGACAGCAGCAGCAGCAGCAGCAGCAGCAGCAGCAGCAGCAGAAGCAGCGCCUGCUGCGAGGCCCCAACAGUAUUUCAAACAGCAGCAGCAGCAAACCUGCUGCUGCUGCUGCUGCUGCUGCGGGGUUCUUUGGGGGCGACAAGCGACCCAAGCCCUGGGCACCGCGGCAGCAGCUGCAGCAGCAGCAGCAGCAGCAGCAGCAGCAGCAACAGCAGCGGCCGCAGUCAUUGUUGCAGCGGCAGCAGGGCGUCACUGGAGCAGCAGCUUCUCAUGCAGCAAAUAGCAGCAGCAGCAGCAGCAGCAGCAGCAGCAGCAGCAGCACGGGCAGCACCAGCAGCAGCACAAGCAGCAGCAGCAGCAAACUGCAGCAGAGCUCCUCCUUGCCAGGCGCAGCAAACAAGACCAUCCGGCAGCCCCCCAAAAACCCUCCGGGAAAGUUCCAGCAUAUGUUAGCUGCGGUGUUUGGCGUGGACCCGUCUGUCUCUGUUGAAACCCUCGCCCUGAAGACUGAAGCCCAGGCGAAGGAGCUGGUGGGGUUGCUGCCGCAAGCUCCCGAGGCGUUGCAGCUGCAGUGCAUCAGUUUGCUGCAGCGGGGCAGUCCUGCUGCAGUGAAGGGUUUCGUUGCAUGCGGUGGUUUGAGUGUAUUGGCGAAGUGGUUGGGGGUUUUGGCUGCUGUCUCUCGUUGCUGCUGUUGCUGCGGGGAGAGAGAAACCCCCGCUGUGGUUUGGGGGGGUUUCGCCUUUUAUAAGAAACCUCGCAGCUCAGAUCCUUAA